CCUCUCCUCCUCCUCCUCCUUCCUCCAUGAGCGACUGCAGUGAUAACGAACUUGAAGUGGUAAGCCAAAACAACUUCUCUUUACUGUCACACUCUUAUUACAAACGUAGUUUUCGAACCACUCACUCUUGGACAACCGACAGCUUGACGACAUGAGUGUCAUGGACGAAUCACUCUUCGGCAACUCCGUAUAUGAAUCAGAUGAGGAAGACGAUGCCUACUUUGACAAUGCAGAUACCGAGGCUCCAUUUAAAAAAUCAUAUCAAGUCGACUUUGUUGCUUACAGCGAGGACGAUCUUGAAGAGAGCCAAGAAAAACACGUUUCUCAAAUCUCGACCGUUUUAGGCCUCCCAAGUGUAGAAGCAGCUGCGCUCUUACGCUACUUUCAAUGGAACAAAGAGAAACUCUUUGAACGAUAUACCGAGGCGCCAGAGAAAGUGAUGCAAUCUUCUGGCUUACAAAGUAACAACAAGAAGAACGAAUCCUUAACAACAACUUCCAGUACCAGCUUACCGGCCAAACGCGUCAAAAAUCAGUACACGUGUGAAAUCUGCUUUGACGACGAUGCGGACAUGGAUUUUACAGCACUCGGCUGUGGCCAUCAUUUCUGCAACACCUGCUACCAACACUAUCUGCGUCAAAAGAUUUGGGAAGAAGGCGAAAGUAGGCGUAUCGAAUGUCCUCAAGAUAAAUGUCACAUGGUAGUUGAUGAACGUAUCGUAUCACAGCUUGUGGAUGCGAAAACAAAGACGAGAUACAAACGACUCCUGACCCGCACCUUUGUCGAUGAUAACGAUGCUUUCCGCUGGUGUCCAUCUCCUGAUUGCGAAUACGCGGUAGAAUGCCAUAUACCCAGUGUUUCACUCUCUUCUACUAUACCUACCGUCGAAUGUGGUCAAGGACAUAAGUUCUGCUUCGGUUGCAGCCUACCGGACCAUCAGCCUGCUAUCUGCAGUCUUGUCAAGAAAUGGCUGCAAAAGUGUAAAGAUGAUUCCGAAACAGCGAACUGGAUAUCAGCACACACCAAGGACUGUCCUAAAUGCCAAUCUGCUAUCGAAAAGAACGGCGGAUGCAACCAUAUGACUUGCCGAAAGUGUCGGUACGAAUUCUGCUGGGUGUGCAUGGGCCCAUGGUCAGAGCAUCGUACUUCAUAUUACGCCUGCAACCGAUUUGAUGAAAAGAGCGGAACAUCAGCACGAGAAAGUCAAGCGAAAUCGCGUGCUAGUUUGGAGCGCUAUCUACAUUAUUACAAUCGAUUUGCAAACCACGAACAAUCGGCCAAGCUGGAUCAAGAUUUGUACAAAAAGACCGAGCGAAAGAUGGAGGAAAUGCAGCAGACAAGUGACCUGUCGUGGAUCGAGGUUCAGUUUCUCAAGAAAGCAGUGGAUGUGACCGUUGAAUGCCGUAUGACGCUCAAAUGGACCUACGCUUUUGCUUUCUAUCUGGAAAAAUCCCAUCAGACCGAAAUAUUCGAGGACAAUCAACGUGAUCUUGAAAUGGCCACCGAACAGUUGUCCGAACUUCUCGACAAGCCGCUGGACGAGGACAACAUUGCCCAACUCAGACAAAAUGUUCUGGACAAAACUGUGUAUGUCAAGCACCGGCGAGAAGUACUGCUCGACGAUACCUUAAAUGGGUUGCAGGACGGGAGGUGGAAGUUUUUUGUUGAAUUAUAAAGAGUUCGGUAUUGUCAUUUCUGUUGUUUGCAUGUUAUCGUAAACAGAUAAAAUACACAAAUAUCUUGUACUUUGGUUUGUUUAUGUAUUCUACUGGUGGUGUAUUUAUAAGCAUCAAUUCAUCAACGGUACAUCUCAUUAAAUCAUUGUCUGACUUUGCCCAUGGAAAAUGAGACGUUUUACUUCCUGGAUGUUUGAGAUAUUUGAUAUGUGAUGUAGUAUCACCAUCAUUGCUGCUGCACG